AGUUUCGUAUUGUCAAUUGAUGACUUGAUAAACACACACAAUAUAAAUGGUUUGUAAAUUGGUGCCAGUUCAUAAAGGGCUGUCGUUUUGGUAUAUUAGCAUAAUGUGAUACUCGGUCACACUGGCACUGUCAGACCAACACGUGAAGCGCGCAAUGGACAACAAAAUAUUAUGCAAGCGUUCAAUAUUUGUGUAAAAAUUGUGUAAAAUCUAAUACGAAACGUUGCAAUUGCAACUCGCAAACAUGUAUCGCUUAUUGGGCGUCAACCGCGCUGCAGCUGUACAGCGUGUGCUACGCUUGCCGCCGCCUACCUCAACAACAACAGGCUGCAGCAAUUGCGGCACCGCUGCGCAUAAUUUGACUCAAUAUCAGCAAUAUUAUCAGAUGCUUUACCGUCCAGCGCCGGCAACAACAACUGCAAUUGCUUUACGCACACAGUCCACCACACCCACACAAGCAGACGCCUUGGCUCAGGCGAAGAAGAAACGUUUACGUAAACCGCGCUACGCCAAAUAUGUGGAGCUAUUGGAAGUAACCGAGCUUACUGCCAGCGAGCGCAAGUCGCGUGUCAAGCGCUUGAAGUCAAAGAAAUUGGCAGAAUUCAUACAGAAAACACAAAUGCAAAUCCUCGAGAAGCGGGCACGAGAAGAACGACGUGCCCAGAAGAAAGGCGAACCCUGCAGUGGUGAAGCACAGCUGCAGCUGGAGGAAUAUCAACAAUUAAUACUGGAGAGCCACAUCAAUAGUCCAGCAAAGUUAAAGAACAGUGAAGAAACCGUACUGCGGCAGCCCGCAGAAUAUCAAAAGUUCGAUUUGGAUGCGGUAGACAGUUCGAUAUUGGAGGCGGGCAUGUACGAUGACAAGCCGAUAAUAUUCUUUGGCAAGGAUACGUACACCAAACAGAUAAUUUCGAAUCCGACAGAGGUGCACAACAUACUAAAGAGCUUUAACAAUUAUCGGGACAUUCUGGAAGGUAUUGAACAUGAGCGACAGGACAACAUUGAAGCGGAUUUGGCCAGAUUUGGUUUGAAUGCACCUAAACUCGCCGUAGUGGAGUCAACUUUGUUGGAUCCCUUUGAAUCGAAUGAGCCUUACAUCGAUGAUCAGCAGCAGCCCCCGAAACCUAUUCAGGAAACUAGUGUGCAGUCGAAAAUAAAUGCCGUAACAGCAAAAUCCAAAAAGCGCUUCAAGUCAAAGGUGCAUGUCAAUGAGGAACAGGAACGUCUGGCCAAGCAGCGCGCAUUGAACGUAAAUUUGACUACAUAUCUCAAUGUAUGCGUCUCAGCAAACAUGCUGAGUCGCGCGCUCUCCACAAUCUUUGCCUAUCGCAGUCGCGCCAAAAAGAAUAACAUACCGCAGAAGCAGAGCAUCAUCACCAUUGAACUGUAUAACAUUCUGUUGCAUGGCUAUGCGGGCAAAGGUUCUUUUGACCGUUGCCAGGAGCUGUUCAAGCUUAUCCAUGAGGAUGGUCUGCAGUUUAGCGAGCAAACUUAUGCAGCUGCUUUCGAAUGUCUUGGACGAGUUGAGUCGGAUGCAGAGAAUAUAAAAUCGAUUGAACAGUACAUCGAACAGGCUGAACAACAAGGAUAUACGCUUAAUCAGAUUAUGGAUCGCUCGAAGUUUGUGUCUGAUCAACGUGAUAUAGCGCUGGAUGCCAUAAGGCGAGUACGUGCCGAUUUCACGCCUGUAUAUGUGCCACCUCAGUUGGGCUACGACAACGAAUUGCUCAACGAUCUCAAUGCAUACACUGUUCCCGUGGGCGCCGAAGCCGAAACAAUAAAGCAGCAGGAUUGCAGCAUUAUGAACUCAAAGCUUGGAUAUAGUAAAGCACAAUUAGAGCAGCUAGCUCGUGAACAGUUGCAAGUGGAAUUGGAUGGCUCCAUCACCAUCAAGUCCAUUGAAAAGCCCAAGGAAUUUGCCAAUGCCAAAUUUUGCCGCACUAAGCUUAAGGAAUUGGAUCAAACGUGGCGUAAGCAAAUCUCGGCUGCCAUUGUGCGUGAUCUGAACACGUUGCGUGCUCAGGUGCGUUUCAAGCCGCAUGGAUACAUGAACUACUAUACGUACCUUAAGGUGCUGGAAACGAGCCACUUUACGGACAUACUCAUCAAGGAGAUCUACAAACUCGCCGAAGGGUCCGAGACCUUUAGUCCCACCGUGGGUCAGCUAUACAAGGAACUCGGUCAACGGGUGCAGCAAUGCUAUCAAAUCGAACUGAAAAAACACAAUGGCACGUUGGAGAAAGUUGGCGAUAUUUACAGCUCGUACUGUGAGCUGUGGGAUAGCGGCAAGAGUCAGGAUAAUACAAGGCAAAUGUGGCAACGUUUGGUGCACGAACAGCGUGACAGUGGACCCUCCAUGGAUCUGCCCGAGGUACCGUGGCCGUCGAAUGUAUUGAUCGGUGUGGGACGUUUCCUUUUCAAUAUUUUGGUGCGUGACAUCAAAAUAGAUGCGCAUAUUAUGCGUCAAAAGAAGACAGCGACGACGACGCCACAGAAUCUAUUGCCUGCCUUUUAUACGCUGUUUCGGAAUCAAGGACGUUUGGUCAAGGAGGAAGUCAAACCACAUCCCGUGUUGUCGCGUUUAUUGCGCGCCUCACGCCAACAGACGCUCACCUUUGACGCGAAUCUGGUGCCCAUGCUGUGUCCACCACAACCCUGGAGCACGCCACACAACGGUGGCUAUUUGCUGAACAAAUCGGAACUGAUACGUUUGCCACAGCAGGCGGUGCAGCAAUGGGAACGCAUACACGCCUCCAAUCCGCAGCAUCUCUAUCCGGCACUCGACUCGCUCAAUCAGCUAGCCAGUGUGCCGUGGCGUGUCAACACACAGCUGCUGGAUGUGAUCAUUAAAGUGUUUCAAAAUGGCGGUGAUGCCAAACUGGAUGUGCCACAGCCGCCCAGCUCGUUGCCAGCAUUGCCCACUCUGCCUGCGGCUAGUGAUAGUGAGAAUCCUACGUCGCCAGCUGAGCGUGCCAAGCAGUUCAGGGAUAAGCUGGCACAUCGACGCAAACAAAGCGAGAUGUACAGCUUGUGGUGCGAUGCGCUCUAUCGUCUGUCGCUGGCACAGCACUACCGUGACAAGGUCUUUUGGCUGCCGCACAACAUGGACUUCCGUGGACGCGUUUACCCCGUGCCGCCGCAUUUGAAUCACUUGGGCUCUGAUUUGGCUCGUUCGAUGCUCAUAUUUGAUCAGGCACAGCCGCUGGGCGUCGAUGGCUUCAGCUGGCUGAAACUGCACUGUAUCAACUUGACGGGCCUUAAGAAGCGAGAUUCAGUGCGUGAACGUCUGCUGUAUGCAGAGGAGAUUAUGCCAGAGAUACUCGACUCGGCGGACAAUCCACUCACGGGUCGCAUGUGGUGGUCCAAAUCGGAUGAACCAUGGCAAACGCUUGCGUGUUGCAUGGAGAUUGCCAAUGUGCAACGCUCACCCGAUCCCAGUGCCUAUCUGAGUCGCUUUCCCAUACAUCAGGAUGGUUCGUGCAACGGUCUGCAGCAUUAUGCGGCAUUGGGUCGUGAUCAAGCGGGCGCUUGCAGUGUUAAUCUGUCACCGUCAGCUAUACCGCAGGAUGUGUACAGUGCGGUUGCGGCGUUGGUAGAACGCACACGUAAAACGGAUGCCCAGAAUGGACUCCAUGUGGCUGCAGCACUGGAGGGAUUCGUGCGACGCAAGGUCAUUAAACAGACGGUGAUGACAACGGUGUAUGGUGUGACACGCUACGGAGCACGAUUACAGAUUGCGCGACAGCUGAAAGACAUUGAUGACUUCCCCAAGGAUUGGGUGUGGCCAGCGUCGACGUAUUUGACCACAAAAACGUUUGAGAGUCUGCGCGAAAUGUUCACGUCGACUCGCGAGAUUCAAGACUGGUUUACCGAGUGUGCCCGCAUGAUUGCCGGCGUGUGCAUGCAAAAUGUGGAGUGGGUAACACCGCUGGGCUUGCCCGUGGUGCAGCCAUACAAUCGCCAGGAGACAAAGCAUGUGCCCCGUGCCGGGCUGCGUGUGACCAACAGCAUGUCAACGGAUCUGUACGAACGUCCCAAUAUCCUGAAACAGAAGAAUGCCUUUCCGCCCAAUUUCAUUCAUUCGCUGGACUCGUCGCACAUGAUGCUCACCUCGUUGCAGUGCGAGCGCCAGGGCAUCACCUUUGUCUCGGUGCACGAUUGCUUCUGGACGCAUGCGUGUACGGUGCCGGAGCUGAAUCGGGCGUGUCGCGAGCAGUUUGUGGCGCUCCAUUCACAGCCCAUUCUUGAGCAGCUGUCCAAAUUUAUGCGACAAACGUAUAGCUUCCGAGACACCGAAUUUACCAACGAUGGUUCGGUGGAGGAUCUGUCAAAACGGCAGCUGAAUCGCACACUGAGACAACUGCCACAGAAAGGUGACUUUGAUCUGCGCAACGUUCUUGAUUCGGUCUACUUCUUCAGCUAAAAGGAAAUGUGCCUAAUUCUCUGUAGUCAUUAGCUUAAGAUUUUGUUAGAUUUGUUGAAAAAUUGGAUGCUUUUAAUACCAAAAGAAAAUUGCAAAACUAAAGGAAAUACCCAAAGUCAAGUGCAGCCGCAAAAAAUGUGAUUUUUCUAAAUGUUUACAAUAUAAAACAUACAUACCUAACUUAAAAUAGCCUAAUACCCAACAAAACCUAAUUGUUAAUUUAUAAUUCGUUGAUGUGAAUUGGCAUAUCUACUGAUUUUUAUAUACUACACACAACUAGUAUUUCUACUGUGCAAAAGAAGCUUAUUUAUGAAAUAAACCAAAACGAAAUAUUUGAAAUAUUAUUAAAAGUGACACUUGAUAAAUGCAAUAAACAAUAAAUUGUAAUACCAUAUUUAUGAAA